UUAGCCUCCCCCUCCCGCCCCCUUGUGAGUCCUGCAGUCAGUCAGCAAGACGGGCCCAAACACGGAGGGUCCCUUGCUCUCAACCUGCCGCGCCAGUAGGAAGAGCCAUCCCACGUGGAGCGCAGACACGCCACCCUGCCCUCGACCCCUACAAGACAACGCCCCCUGUUUGGAUCGCCGAACACGGCACAGGCUACUGUGUGCGGCUGAGUCUAGUGCUGAGUCACCGUUGGCGAAGGCGCACGCAACACCUGCUGUUUUUCAGCUGGUGUGGAGGACUGUGUCGUGAGCGGCGGACACGCACAACUUUCACUGAAGUGCGAGCUGCGAGUGUUCUAGAGUCGCGCCGUGGAAGGCAAUCCGGAUGCAGCGAAACCGGAGGUUGGUGUGGUACCGACAGAUUUCCUGUAACUGAUAAUGGUACAACACCCUGUUUCAAGAAUGCCAUUCGGAGCGGCGCGCGUACAAAGUGACAUGUUGACCUUACGAAGAACGUUGAUACAAGACGAGUUUUUUAAAGCACCGGCGUUUUUACUCAUCUGUAACUCGUGCAGUGAGGGAGUGUGUGUGCAAUGGCGAUCUGAUGUAUAUAAAUGAUGAAAUGAAGAAUUCGUGACUCGCUAUCGAAAAUCUAAAUGGUCGAGAUUAACUUUAUCUAAUCAGAUAUGUAGAGGAACUACUAUACACCUGUAGGAAUGUGCACAAACACCAAGUGUUAUAAUGAACAAGUAAUUUUCACUGUGGAUGAAAAUUAAAAAAAAACAAAGACAAAAACAAAACAAGGCGACCCGUUAUAUUAGUGGAAAUCCCUGUUUAAAGGCGUGAAGGACUCUCCAGUGUAAGAUUUUUUUCCUAGUGACUUUACAUCCUCAGUGAGGAAUGUAUGUGGCGGUGUUGGGUCCUCUCUAGAUCCCCUCUGGUAUGAGGAUGCUUAUUCCAGAACAGUUUGAAAGUGCUCACCACAACAAUGGAAAAUAACUCUGUGUCUUCACUGUCGUACCUUGUCAACGUUAGGCAGGGGCGACCCAAGUUCACCAUCAGAAAUGAGCUCGUGAUAUGGUUCUCUAUGAUCUUCUACGUAGCCGACCUGUGCCUGGACCUGUGGGUAUGCGUGGCCCAUUUCAAGGCGCAGUUGCCGAAGUCGGGAUGGUUCAUCUUCUUCUGCAUCCUGCUUCCCAACCUUUACGCUGGGUACAAGUCGCUGCAAUGGUACCUCAGAGCGCACGCCAUCACCCCCCUGCGAAAGCCUUUGGUAUGGAUCAUCCGGGUCUUUUUCUUUCCUAUCAGUCCCCUCCUCAGGUACAUAGACGCUCUGAUGUAUGGCUACCAUGCACGCCAGGCGUGGAAGCAAGGCAACCUCUCGAAGGAACGCAAGAACUUCGAGAAUUACCUGGUGGAGAGCGCGGAGGUGGCCAUGCUGCGCCUCGUCGUCAUAUUCCUCGAGGACGCGCCCAUCGUCGUCCUCAACCUCGCCGAACUCAUCAAGACGCCGCCCAACAAGUGGACAGACAUCCAGGAGAGCAAACCUGACCCGGAAUUUGUCCCGGAAUUUGUCCGUCUGGGUUCGGUCGUGGCAAAGCUCGCCUGCACCAUGACCCUGGGCGUUGUACACUACAUGUCAUGCAACAAACUAGCGUGGCACUUAGCCAACACCCAGCAGCAGGACCGGCAGAUGCAACAGCAGGAAGAGGAAGAGGACGCCGCCGCCGGGAAGAGACCUAAACAACCUUGGGAAAAGAAAGGAGUGCUGUCGUGGCCAGCGGAGUUCGCUAUCUACUGCUGGCAGCUUCUGUCCAUCGGUUCUCGCGUCGUGGCCUACGCCCUCUUCUCGGUGGUCCACUUCCGCCUGCUGUGGGUUCCUAUCAUGCUGCGCUGGAUUAUCCACUCAGUGUGGAUCUUCUUCGACGUGCGGGAGAUGUCCAUCGUGAACUCGAUCGCCUUCGGGGGCGUCUACCUCUUCUCUUUCGUCACCACGUCGCCCGGGCGUCAGAUCCUGCGAAUUCUCCUCUACUACGUCAUCACCUUCGGCGAAAACAUAAUCAUCGGCAUCUUGUGGAGUUACGGCGCGCCGGACAACUACUUCCAAGAGGCCGGUUUGGGCGUGAUGUUCGGGGGAGCGGCGGGCGGCCUGCUGUUCCUCAUGCUGUACUACGGGUGCUUCCACCCCGACAGGGCCUCGACUUGGGGCUGGCAGUGGCUGCGCGAAAGAAGGGCGAAGAGACCGCAGCGAUCGGCUGUGGUAUAGAGGGCGCGGAUUUGCAUUAUAUAACAACUUAAAUAUGUAUUUUUGAUAUAGACAGGCACACACACACACACACACACACACACACACACACACACACACACACACACACACACACACACACACACACACACACACACACA